CACUCUGUCUCCUCAGCUGUGGAGCAGUUAAUUGAGACUAUAGCUGCUUCUGGGAGAUCCUAAACCCCACCAGCCCUGCCUCGCAAGACCCAAGCAAAGAGGCUGCAAAGGGAAGAAGAAGAAGAAGAAAACCUCUUAAAUAUAUACAUAUACAUACAUAUAUCUAUAUAUUUCAAAAAAGAUAAGGGACUUGCUAUACCAAAUACAGCCAGAAAAUCCAGCAAAGCAGACUCACAAUGUCAAGAGAGCAGAGCCACAUGGAUGAAUGCUACAGCCAUCCAGCCUUGUUCGAAAUCUGUACACAAGAAGUUGAGAGCAGCUGUGGCAGUUCAAAGGUGCAGAAGAUGUGCACCUCAAGGCGGAUCCUGCUGCUCGUGCUCACCUUCCUGGCGUACACAGUUGAUUCUGUUUCUGCAUAUGGUGCUCCUGAAACCCUCUGUGGUGGAGAGCUAGUGGACACACUGCAAUUCGUCUGUGGAGACCGGGGUUUUUACUUCAGUAGGCCUGUGGGCAGAAACAGAGGAAGGCUCAACCGUGGCAUAGUAGAGGAGUGCUGCUUCCGGAGCUGUGAUCUCAAUCUUUUGGAAACUUACUGUGCAAAAUCUGUCAAAUCAGAGCGAGAUCUCUCAUCUUCUCUUGUAGCCUUACCGGCACUAAACAAGGAUACCUUUCAAAAGCCCUCUCAUGCAAAGUACUCGAAAUAUGACGUAUGGCAGAAGAAAAGCUCACAGCGCCUUCAAAGAGGGGUUCCCAACAUCUUGCGUGCCCGCAGGUAUCGAUGGCAAACUGAAGGACUGCAAGAGUCUGAGGAGUCCAAGAUUCAUCGUCCCUUGGUUGUCCUCCCUACCCAGAAGCCUCUUGUUGUGCAAACCACCUCAGAAACUUUGGGCAGCCAGAAGUGAACUGUGAUAAACUAUUUCCAAAAUGGAUUCUUUAUUUUUUAUUUCGCAGGCCUGGCCCCACCCUUUUCUCUCUCCCAAACCAAGGUGGAUGGGUGAGGGCAAACGCCCUUUCAACCAAGGAGCAACCACAAGGGGCAACAUUAACACCAAACAACUGACAUAGAAAGAAACAGGAUUACAACAUCGGCGGUGGCAGCAGCAGCAUUUCUGUGGCAUUGUCUUUAAAUAUUUUUUUUAAAGUCUUUUAUUUGUUGGUUCUUGUUCCUUUCCUACCCAGCAUUUCCAGCCUUUACUUAAAAGGGACAGUUAAGGCACUUGAACUAUUUAAUAUUGGGCCACUGCCUUUCAGUCUAUAGGUAUACCAACCAAUGAAGACAGAGCAAGAGAAGAGAAUGAUAUUGAAAGAAGCCCAAUUUAUGUCUGUAUUGACAAUAAAAUUCAAAGGGGGGAUAUCUGAUGGUUUUAAACUUUGGCCUCAUUUUCAUCCCACUAAUUUUUUUUUUUUUACAGAAUCAUAAGUCUGCAGUAUGUGUUUGAGACUUAUUUUUCUUUUGGCAAGUUUUAAAAGCCAGAGAAGAGAUGAUGAGGCCAACCAGUUUUUUAAAUUACACAAUUCCAAAUGUACUUGCACCUUUUAAAAUCACCGAUGAAGUGAGAGUGUGUGAACACAGGUUCACUUUAAUGGAGGAGGCGUCUGCAUUGCACAUUUGCCACAGAUUUAGUUGAAUUAUAUAAAAUAUAUAUUAUAUAUAACUUUUUUUGGCAGAAAAAGCACUAUUUUUAAUGGGACCAUUUGUGUGUGUGUAGUAACUGAAGAGGGAUUAUAAUGUUUAAAUGUUGUUUUGGUGCUAAUGUAAGUCAGAAAGGGGGAAACAAACCCAGAAAAUUACAAGAGGGUGGGGUGGGAAGGACAAGAUCUCGAAUACUGAACUUGAAAUUUUUUAGCUUUUCGUUUUAGGAAAGUGUGAUAAGUAUGUUCUUUUUUUCUCUUCUGAAAUAUAGCUUGGUCAUGACCAUAUGAGCUAAUUGCCUUUCACUCAUAUACACAAAAUGUACGCACAUGCAGAAACACAAAAAUACGUCUAUAUGCAUUUUAGAUCAAAAGAACUUUUCUUUCUUGUGUCCGUCACACAUUCUCUGAUAUCCAGAACCUAGAGCAUGCCAACUGCAAAGGCACAUGCGUGUGCUUUGUGAGUUUCCUGAUUCUAUUCCAUGGAACUAAUCACUGUACAUAGAGCACUCAUUGGCCUUUGCAGCAUGAGGGUCACCACCAUCCUCCUACCAAGGUUUUCUUUCUCUUUUUCCAUUUUCUGUCUCUUCCUGCAAUCUUAUCUCUCAUAUGAUGCCUUUUUUUCAGAAAGUGACUAUUCACAUUUAUCAGGUUUUGCAGGAACAUAGAUAGUUGUUGCCCAAAUGAGCCUUAUUAGGAGAAAUAGCUCAAACAAUUGACCAUCUUCUUAUCUUGCUGGGGCUUCUGCUUCCUUCUUCCCUGUCAGAAGGGGAAGGUGCAAUUCUUCUGAGGGCUCUCUUGUGCCAUUCCACAAGGGUAGCAAUAACCACUUAAAACAUCACGUUUUCCUUCUCCUAGCUAGAAGGGAGGGAGAAGUAGUGUAUGUGUGUGGGGUGGAAGGUUAGUACAAAAGCUCCAGAGGGGAAAGAGGGAGGUGACAUAACACAUUUGAAGAAAAGGUUGGUUUUCUUCACUGCCUCGUAAUACUUGAGGCACAGGAAGGCUUAAGAUUUCCUUAUCCACAGAGAUGCAAAACUAGAAUCUGAGUUGAUGCAUCAGGAAUGGGAACUUGAAAACUAAUUCUUUUGAUUGAAGCUUGGGGCUUGCUGAAGAGGUGUGGAGAAGGUGAUAUAAAAAUGUAAAUGUUCAGUAAUCAAUCACCCAGCUCAUCUAUGAACCAUAAGGACAGGGGAAACCAAAUACCCAUACCAUAUAUACUCAAUUGCUUAGGAAAAAAGGGGGACAUCUAAUCAGUUCUGUACCUGCUUUGCCUUAUAUGUAUAUCUGUACAUUUUUAAAAAACAAAGAUUACUUGAAUUGUGUUUUUUUUUAAAGGGUAGGUGUUUUUUUAAAGUGUUACCUGUUUUGAAAUGGUUAACCUUGCAGUCUUGAGCCAUGAAACCUUUGGGCUUGAGUUUUCAAUGGCACUGCAAACUACAACAAUAAACUCCCAGAUCAUUUAUAAAGGAAGGAAAAUAAGUAGCACAGCUAAAAAGUCUUGGGGUGAGAGGGAAGCAAAAGAUUUUUUUUAAAAAAAAAAUCCAAUACAAAGCCUUUUUUUAGAAGCUCUUUGCCCCCCUUUUUAAAAAAACUGAUAAGUAAAAUACUCAAGAGUAUCAAGUUGCCUUUCUAUCUUUCUAUAUAUGCUACAGUAGAGAGGGCCAGGGAGGAUCAAUUUCUUUAAGGCAUAACAGUGAUGAAAGGGCAAAAGGAAUUUUAGAUACAGUUUGGGCUCAUUUUUGUAAUAUUCGUAACAGAGGUUAAGCAGUUAAGUAUGUGCUUGCUUUGAGCUUAUGGCAUAUUUGUCCAAGUCAGUGGAAUGUCCAUAAAGUGAAAUACAUCCCUCAGUCCUUCUCAGCUGCUGGUGGUGGGUAAUCUAAUAGCCAACAUUGGGUGGAGGGGUAGUAGAAAGUACUCCAUGAAGAAAAGUGUAUGCUUAUAAAUUGGCUUUGGAACAUUUGCGUCUUGCAAGCUGGUUCACUGCCCCUCUCACUGUUGGGUUUUUUCCCCCUCCACCUUGUGUAAUCAUUUACCUUUGUACCUGGUAGAGGUAAGAGUUUUUAACAUGCUUUGCCAAUACUUUCUGAAAAACAAAGCAAAUGUAGAUUCAAGGCCAAAGUAAUCAACAUGUUAGGCCCAAAUUCCAGGAUAAUAAAUCCCAGGAAGUUCAAACUCUCAGUGUACUCUAGAGAGGCAUAUCUUUUGAGAGAGUGCCCACACUGAUUUUUUUCCUUGAAUAGAGCCAACCCCAAACUGUAUGGGAAGUAUAUGGACAAGGUGUCUCCCAAAACAUGAUCAGAACUUGUGUAGUGUCUUAGCUGGUUGGCUUUCUUUUCUAGGCUUGCAUUCACUCUUUAAGGCUUCAGUCUUAUGCAUGCAUACUUGGGAUAAGCCUCAUUACUCUUAAGUAAACCCUCCCCAAGUUUAAACAUGCAUAGGCAUUGGGCUCUGCUUUGCUUUCUACAAAACUAGUGGUGACUGGCGAUGCAACCAAGGAAAUGUGAUCAAGUUCUGGGGUAUUCCAACUAAACCAUAUGGAACGCUCAGUUAUUCACAUCACCUAGGUUCUUUGGGAAAUACUGACCUGCAAUACAGUUCAGACUGCUGGCCCAAGAGUUCUACAGAAUCUGUACCAAGGCAUGUAAUGUUGGAGUGAGUGAUGAGUAUGGGUGUCUUCAAGCCUUCUGUUGCAGUGAGCAAAAGUGUAACUGAUUUUGUGUGGUUGCUCUAAUACCACAAAAGUAAUCAUGGAAAUCACCCCUACUGAAGAGAGAGUAACAUUUUACAUGAGAGUAACAUUUAGAAGACUGUCUGAGCACAGCCUGUUAGGAGUCAGGUGAAAUACCUUUAUUGGUGUAACACAACUGAUUCUUAGGGCAUUUAUGGUUUACAAACUAGUGUUUUGUUCUGGGUUUUUAUUUUUUUGGCAGGGGGCCAAACCCACUUUAAAAACAAGCAUACAAAUAUUGCUGAAACACAUACUGGUCUGUUUUCUUCCAACCUCUGGUGCUAAUUCACAGCACUUGAGCAUGGUUCCCCAAACCCGUUCCACUGUCUUACUGUCCCAUAAAGAGCUUCAUGCAUUUCAUCCUGCCUGUUUGCAAAGGCUCAGACUUUUGGUGAUGGACCUAGCUGCCUCUGCACUAAAUGAAGGGAAGAAUUGUAUUUGUUGUUUUUUAAACAUGUUUUUGUUUUUGUCAUAUGUAUUAUUGUCUGCUCAAGUUUUAUAUGGCAGGGAGGGAGUGGGGAAGGGGGAAAUGGGUGUUGAUGUAUCUUGAAAUAUUUCACUUGUGUGCACUCAAUAUGCAAGAGUCAAACUGCCCGGAUUCUGCACCUAUUGUACUUUUCAUUCAUAAUACAGUAUCAAUAAAGCAAUCGGCUAUAAUGUU